UUUGCCCCUGCCGCUGUCUUGGAAACGGAGCGCUUUUAUGCUCAGUGACUCGGGCGCUUUGCUUCAGGUCCCGUAGACCGAAGAUCUGGGACUAGUAGUUCACGUUGCUGGAGACGUUAAGGGAUUUUUUCGUCCUGCUUUUACAUUUUUUUUUUUUCCGGGGGAGUUUGCGUAUUUGUUUCCUUUCACACUGGCCUUAAAGAGGAUAUAUUAGAAGUUGAAGUAGGAAGGGAGCCAGGGAGGCCGAUGGCGCAAAGGUACGACGACCUACCCCAUUACGGGGGCAUGGAUGGAGUGGGCAUCCCCUCCACGAUGUACGGGGACCCGCAUGCGGCCAGAUCCAUGCAGCCGGUCCACCACCUGAACCACGGGCCUCCUCUGCACUCGCAUCAGUACCCGCACACAGCUCACACCAACGCCAUGGCCCCCAGCAUGGGUUCCUCCGUCAAUGACGCUUUAAAGAGAGAUAAAGAUGCCAUUUAUGGACACCCCCUCUUCCCUCUCUUAGCACUGAUUUUUGAGAAAUGUGAAUUAGCUACUUGUACCCCCCGCGAGCCAGGGGUGGCGGGCGGGGACGUCUGCUCGUCAGAGUCAUUCAAUGAAGAUAUAGCCGUGUUCGCCAAACAGAUUCGCGCAGAAAAACCUCUAUUUUCUUCUAAUCCAGAACUGGAUAACUUGAUGAUUCAAGCCAUACAAGUAUUAAGGUUUCAUCUGUUGGAAUUAGAGAAGGUACACGAAUUAUGUGACAAUUUCUGCCACCGGUAUAUUAGCUGUUUGAAAGGGAAAAUGCCUAUCGAUUUGGUGAUAGACGACAGAGAGGGUGGAUCAAAAUCAGACAGUGAAGAUAUAACAAGAUCAGCAAAUCUAACCGACCAGUCCCCACCCUCUUGGAACAGAGAUCACGAUGACACGGCAUCCACCCGCUCAGGCGGAACGCCAGGCCCUUCCAGCGGCGGCCACACGUCGCACAGUGGGGAUAACAGCAGUGAGCAAGGUGAUGGCUUGGACAACAGUGUAGCUUCCCCCAGCACAGGUGACGAUGACGAUCCAGAUAAAGACAAAAAGCGUCACAAAAAGCGUGGCAUCUUUCCCAAAGUAGCCACGAAUAUCAUGAGGGCGUGGCUGUUCCAGCAUCUAACACACCCUUACCCUUCCGAAGAACAGAAAAAGCAGUUGGCACAAGACACGGGACUCACCAUCCUUCAAGUGAACAACUGGUUUAUUAAUGCCCGGAGAAGAAUAGUGCAGCCCAUGAUAGACCAGUCCAACCGAGCAGUAAGUCAAGGAACACCUUAUAACCCUGAUGGACAGCCGAUGGGAGGUUUCGUAAUGGACGGUCAGCAACACAUGGGCAUCAGGGCGCCAGGACCUAUGAGUGGAAUGGGCAUGAAUAUGGGCAUGGAGGGGCAGUGGCACUACAUGUAA